AUGAUUGAAAUUGACAGCGAGUUGAAGGAACGGAAGCGUGAGGUAAUAAUAGGCACACCAAAUACAGCAAAUACCCGGACAGGAAGCAGCCUGCCGAUUACUCAUUCGUUGCCAGGCCAAUCACGCACCAAUGACGGGCAGAAGCUGAGAUCGAGAUCCGUGGUUGGGCCGCGGACUGUUGGAGAAACCGACCGUGGCGGUGAACGGAAGCCGGGCAGAAAGCGAUGCGAAGUCGAUACAAGGCGAGUACCAAACAUGACCAACUGCCCUGUCAGGCAACCCCCGCAGAAAAUAGUUCCAGUUCCUGCGCACACGGGGGGAUCCACGCGCCGACACAGCGACACCUGCGGAUAUUAUCCAGAUCCUUGUGACAGGAGUCGUUGCGAAUCGCUGGUGGCUGCACUCCGGAGCACUUCGGCGGAGGAUCUGGAAGUCAUCCUCCGUUUCCCAGCACAGCACCGAUAA